CACACACACACACACACACACACACACACACACACACAGUAACCCAGAACGUGCCUUACUGACCUCACCUGACGGUGUGGGCGUGGCCUAACGGUCGCACCUGGGACUGUUUGUAUUAGCCGUCCAGAUGCUGAUGCUGAUGAUGAAGAGUAGAGUCUAAUAAAUUAAUAAAGCCUUACAGACUGAUGUUUGUGUGGUCCCUCUGUGUUUGCUGUCUCUCUGUGGGGUAUGACGUCACACACAGUGCAUGCUGGGAUACUGGGUCAGGCUGACAGAUGGAGAGAAAACAGCCAAAUCAGAGAAAGGAGAAUAUCUAAUCCUUAAUCCAGCGAGCCCCUCCCCCUGCACACACACACACACACAUUCCUGGAAACAAACACAGGAUUAGGAUUAACUGAUGAUCUUUAAAUCGGUCAAAAUUUGAAUGGACUUUGGUUCACAGCUUGCUCCUCUCCUCUAAAGCUGACCUUUGACCUGCAGCUCAGCAGUCAGCUCCUCCUCCCUGUGAGGCUGCUGGCCCUUUAAGAGAGGAAGAGCACAGGAUGAGCCCCCCCCUCACACACACACACACACACACCCUCCUCCUCCUCAGCCGCACAUUGUUCUGUGGCUCCGGGAGAAGCCACUUCCUCCUCCUGCUGCUGCUGCUGCUGCUCAGCCCGCUGCAAACGGACAGACAGACAGUUUCAGUGCCUCCGACGGAGGGACGGCGUCUGUCUGUGUGUCCGACGGGAUCAGCCGAGGGGGGCGGACACGCGAGCACAGACAAAGACUCGCAGACAGACGAACAGACUGGACGAAUGGACUGACAGGAUGCGGCACCGCUGGACCCUCGGGCUCGCCCCCAGGUAGCCCAGCACUGAGGUGAGGUGUGACUGUUGGUUACCAUGGUGCCCAGGCCAUCGUCAGGGGAACUAUGGGGGCUCCACCUGAUGCCCCCCCGGAUCCUGGUGGACUGCUGCCUGCCUAACGGUAUGAUGGUUAGCCUGGAGUGUCUGAGGGAAACUCCUCUCAUCAGUAUCAAGCAGCAGCUCUUCUCCGAGGCCAGGAAGUACCCCCUGUACCACCUGCUGCAGGAGGAGUCGUGCUACAUCUUUGUGGGCGUGACCCAGGAGGCUGAGAGGGAGGAGUUUUAUGAUGAGACGAGGCGGCUGUGCGACCUGCGCCUGUUCCACCCCAUCCUUAAGGUCAUCGAGCCCCUCGGCAACCGUGAGGAGAAAAUCCUGAACCGUGAGAUCGGUUUCGCCAUCGGGAUGCCGGUCUGCGAGUUUGAGAUGAUGAAGGACCCGGAGGUCCAGGACUUCCGCCGUUCCAUACUGAGCGUGUGCAGAGAGGCCAUGGAGGAACGGGAAGGAGGGGGGGCCCACAGCCAGGCGCUCUACGUUUACCCCCCCAACGUGGAGUCCAGUCCCCAGCUGCCCCAGCACAUCUAUAGCAAGCUGGACAAAGGGCGCCUGAUUGUGACCAUCUGGGUGAUCGUGUCUCCAUCAAACUCCAAACAGAAGUACACCUUGAAGGUUAGUCACGACAGUUUACCUGAGCAGCUGAUCGCCGAGUCCAUCAGGAAGAAAAGCCGAUCGAUGCACCUUUCACCUCAGCAGCUCCGCCUCUGCGUUCAGGAGUACCAGGGCCAGUACAUCCUUAAGGUGUGUGGCUGCGAUGAGUACCUGCUGGAGAAGUUUCCUCUCAGUCAGUAUAAGUACAUCCGCUCCUGCAUCAUCGUGGGACGUCUUCCUCACCUGAUGCUCGUGUCCAAAGACAGCCUCUACUCUCAGCUUCCCGCCUCAGGCUUCGUCACGCCUUCCUACAGCCGUCGGACUCCUCAGCCGUCUCCCUGUCCAGGAGGAGGCGACGGUUCUCCUCCUCGCUCCUUGUGGGCCUUCAACACUCUGCUGAGAGUCCGGCUGCUCUGCGCCACGUACGUGAACGUGAACAUCAGAGACAUCGAUAAGAUCUAUGUGAGGACAGGGAUCUAUCACGGAGGAGAGCCGCUCUGUGACAACGUCAACACCCAGAGAGUGCCCUGCUCCAACCCCAGGUGGAAUGAGUGGCUGACCUAUGACAUCUACCUGGCUGACCUCCCUCGUUCAGCCAGACUCUGCCUGUCUAUCUGCUCUGUGAAGGGAAGGAAAGGAGCUAAGGAGGAGCACUGCCCUCUGGCCUGGGGGAAUGUAAACCUGUUUGACUACAAGGACAUCCUGGUCUGUGGUAAGGUGGCUCUCAGCCUGUGGCCUGUUCCCCAUGGCCUAGAGGACCUGCUCAACCCCAUUGGAGUCGCGGGUUCAAAUCCCAACAAGGAGACCCCCUGCGUGGAGCUGGAGUUCUCCUGGUUCAAUCAGAUCGUUGUUUUUCCUGACGAGCAGCAGAUUGAAGAGCACGCCAACUGGACCAUCAGCAGAGAGCUGGGCUACAACUACUGCCACGGCCUGAGCAGCCGUUUGGCCUGUGACAGCAGUGUUUCACCAGGCGAUGCCGAGCAGCUUCGCUCUCUCUGCUCCAGAGAUCCGCUGUACGAGCUCUCGGAGCAGGAGAAGGACUUCCUCUGGAGACACAGACAUUACUGUGUAAACAUCCCAGAGUCUCUCCCUAAGCUGCUUCUUUCUGUCAAAUGGAACUCCAGAGACGAAGUUUCUCAGAUGUACUGUCUGUUGAAGGAGUGGCCUCUGAUGGAGCCCGAGUCGGCUCUCGAGUUGUUGGACUGUAACUUUCCCGACCCGAUGGUCCGAGAGUUUGCGCUGCGCUGCCUCGUGCAGGGCCUGACGGAUGACAAGCUGUCGCAGUACCUGUUGCAACUUGUACAGGUGUUGAAGUAUGAGAUGUACCUGGACAAUCCUCUGGCCCGUUUCCUGAUAAAGAAAGCUCUGACCAAUCAGAGGAUAGGGCACUUCUUCUUCUGGCACCUGAAGUCAGAGAUGCACAACAAGACGGUUUCCCGACGCUUCGGUCUGCUGCUGGAAGCUUUCUGCAGAGCCUGCGGGAUGUACCUGAAGCACCUGAACAGACAGGUAGAGGCCAUGGAUAAACUGGUGAAUCUGACCGACACACUGAAGCAGGAGAAGAAGGACGAGACUCAGAAAACUCAGAUGAAGUUUCUGGUUGAGCACAUGUCUCGUCCAGAUUACAUGGAAGCUCUGCAGGGAUUCGUCUCUCCACUGAAUCCAGUUCACCAGCUGGGAAAUCUCAGGCUGGAGGAGUGCAGGAUCAUGUCCUCGGCAAAGCGCCCCCUGUGGCUGAACUGGGAAAACCCUGACAUCAUGUCCGAGCUUCUCUUCACCAACAACGAGAUCAUCUUCAAGAACGGAGAUGACCUGCGUCAGGAUAUGCUAACGUUGCAGAUUAUUAAAAUCAUGGAGAACAUCUGGCAGAACCAGGGUCUGGACCUGCGCAUGUUGCCCUAUGGAUGCCUCUCCAUCGGUGACUGCGUGGGUCUGAUCGAGGUUGUGAAGAACAGCUUCACCAUCAUGCAGAUUCAGUGCAAGGGAGGCCUGAAGGGGGCGCUGCAGUUCAACUCCAACACGCUGCAUCACUGGAUCAAAGACAAGAACCGCGGCGAAGCGUACGAUCGGGCCAUCGACCUGUUCACGCGCUCAUGUGCUGGUUACUGCGUUGCCACGUUCAUCCUGGGAAUCGGAGACCGCCACAACUCCAACAUUAUGGUGAAAGAGAAUGGACAGCUGUUCCACAUUGACUUUGGUCACUUCCUGGAUCACAAGAAGAAGAAAUUUGGCUACAAGAGGGAGCGUGUACCCUUUGUCCUUACUCAGGACUUCCUCAUCGUCAUUAGUAAAGGCAUCCAGGAGUCCACCAAGACCAAGGAGUUCGAGAGGUUCCAGGAGAUGUGCUACAAAGCAUACCUCGCCAUCCGUCAGCACGCCAGCCUCUUCAUCAAUCUCUUCUCCCUUAUGCUGGGUUGCGGGAUGCCUGAACUGCAGAGCUUUGAUGACAUUGCCUACCUGAGGAAAACCCUGGCCCUGGAGAAGAGCCAGCAGGAGGCACUGGAGUACUUCACCAAGCAGAUGAACGACGCUCACCACGGCGGCUGGAGCACGAAGAUGGACUGGAUCUUUCACACCAUAAGACACAUGCCCAAUGAGCACUGACACACACCCACCCACACUGGUGUGUUUGUUUACUGCACUACUGUGAUGAUUAUGAUACUAAUGAUGAUGAUGAUGAUGAUGAUGACAGACUCGUCAUCUGAUGUCAUAGAUUUUCUUUAGAGGUUUUUUGUCCUUGUGUCUUUUGGACGGUUGUCAUAGAAAUAUGAAUCUCAGGGUCAAAGGUCAGAGGGGUUUUGAUGAUGCCAAAGGCAGGCUGGGAAAAAAUGACGAUGCUGAUGAUGAAGGUGACGUCACAAAAGUCUUCCAAUCGGUGCUACUGUUAGCUUGUUAGCUGCUGUACUUAUCAAAAACAGUCAAACUUUAUUGAGUGAAAUUUUAUUGACAAGCAGCUGUAACUUUAUAAAAUGUUAUUUUUGAGUGACAUAACUUUAUUGAAACCAGCAAAGUGAACACUGCGGUCACUGUGAGAGCAAUAAAACUUCCAAUAACCAAUUAAUAUUUAGAUUAUGACAAUCAGGAGUUCUAACCAGUAGGAAGGCAGAGCUGCCCAGCUGUGGGCGGAGUCAUUGUGAUGAUGCAGUCUAGAGACUGAAGUUACCUUCAGAGUUUAUUGGAAGUAUCUUUUGGAGUAUUUUGUUGAUUUGAACCUACUUAAACAGAUUUUUACGAUCAGCAUAUCAUCCUCGUUAAUCAGGGAUCAAAGUACUCGACAAUCUGAACCAAUCAGCUGCUGCCGUUAGCCCUUAGCUAGUCUACUUAGCAUUGUUAGCUGUUGGCUCAUGAGUCAUGCUGAGAUAGUUAGCAUUAGCCUGUUAGCUAUUAGAUAGCUGAGUUGUUGCACUGGAUAAAGGAACUGUGGGUAGGUUUAGUUACCAUAGUGAAAACCCCGUCCCUCUAAUCUCAUUGGCUGCCAGUUCCUAGGGCGGGGCUACAUUCAAAUAGUUUUAUGUGAAGGUUUUUUCCUGUUCAGGUGAGAGAUCAAAGCCCCGCCCCCUGCUGCAUGCUAAUCAUUCAUUGCUGACAUCAUCGACUGUGAUGGUUACUAUAGUGACUGAUAACACACGGGGAGAUGUGAUGUGUUUGUUUCCAUGUGAUCAGUAUUGAUUGUUUUCUGAUGUAUUAAUGAUUUUUAACUAAUUGGUUUCUUCAUGUAUUGAUUUGUGAUGUUAUUGAUUCUUCUUGACCCUCUGACAUAGGAGAGCAGGUCACCUGAAGGGCGGAGCCUGAUGUUAUAACACCAUGCCCAGGUGUUAAAGCACUUAUUGAUCAGUGUUAUUAUGGAUUAUUGUUGUUUCAAAAUAAAAGUUUAACUGGU